GCGGGGUGUCAUAGCGUAUUGUCAAGUAAGUUACCGUACAGAACACACCCUCCGCGAUUUCCAUCUAGCCGAGGCUACACCUUGGUCGGCUUUCGCUGCUUUUGGAAUCUCCAUUCAUAUUAUUAUCUCCUCCUACUUCAUCUCGCGUUUUCCUUUCAUCCUGUGCUUUCUCUUCCCUGCUUGUGACCGCUGAUAUAUCCUUCCUCUGCCUCUUCCCUCCCUCCCCCCCUCCUCCUCCGCCCAUACCAUCGAUCUGCGGCAUGUUCUCGGCUUCUGCUCGAAGCCGUCUUCCCUCGAUACUCGCACGGCAGCGCAUCUCCCCUUCUGUGUCUGUUUUCGCUAGAACCACUAUCCCCACCAUGGCUCCCCGCCGGAAGGCUUCGUCGGUCCCCGAGGGAUAUACCGAAGAUCUGUCCAAGGGCAAGAUGCUCCGCUUCGAAGACUCCCUCCCCCGCCUCCCUGUGCCCUCCCUCGAAGAGACCGGCCGUCGCUACCUCAAAUCCGUACACCCCCUCCUCUCGGCAUCCGAGUUCGAGCACACCAAGAAGGCUGUUGAAGAAUUCGUCCGCCCUGGUGGCCAGGGUGAGCUCUUGCAGCAGCGAUUGCUGGCCCGUGCUGCAGACCCCAAGCACAAGAACUGGCUUACCGAGUGGUGGAACUACGCUGCCUACCUGGGCUACCGGGACCCCGUAGUCCCCUAUGUUUCCUACUUCUACUCAUACAAGGAUGAUCGCCGGCGGCGGAAUCCCGCCCAGCGUGCCGCCGCCAUUACCACCGCCGCGCUUGACUUCAAGCGUCAGGUCGAUGACGGGUCGUUGGAGCCGGAGUAUAUGCGCGGACAGCCAAUGGCCAUGAGCUCGUACGAGUACAUGUUCAAUUGCUGCCGUAUUCCAGCCGAAGGCGCCGAUUACCCGCAGAGAUACUCUCACAAGGACAACCAGCACAUCGUGGUCGUUCGCCAGAACCAGUUCUUCAAAGUUCCCCUCGUCCUUGACGGCCAGCCUCUCAAUACCUCCGAGUUCCAGAAGCAGUUCGAGCGCAUUUACGAGGUCGCACAGACUGCGCCUCCCGUCGGUGUGCUGACCGCUGCCAACCGCGACUUCUGGACCAGCGCCCGGAAGCAGCUGCUGGCGGCCGACCCAGCCAACGCGCAGGCCUUGCGUGAUAUCGAAUCGGCUGGAUUCUUGAUCUCCCUGGACGACGCCAAACCCGUAACGCUGGAGGAGCGGGCUCACCAGUACUGGCACGGUGACGGCUGCAACCGGUGGUUCGACAAGCCGCUGCAGUUCAUCAUCAACGACAAUGCUACUGCUGGGUUUAUGGGCGAGCACAGCAUGAUGGACGGCACACCAACACACCGUCUGAAUGACUACAUCAACAACCUUAUCUUCAACAAUCGUAUCGACCUCUCCCCCAAGUCUGUCCGCUCCAACCUCCCUGACCCGAAGCCCAUCAACUUCGUCGUCAGCCGGGAAGUUGAGGAGAGCAUCAACGCCGCACUCAAAUUCCACCGCAAUGAGAUCGGUGCUCAUGAGCUCCGCGUCCAGUCCUUCCAGGGCUACGGCAAGGGCCUCAUCAAGAAGUUCAAGUGCAGCCCUGAUGCCUACAUCCAGAUGAUCAUUCAACUGGCCUACUACAAGAUGUACGGCAAGAACCGUCCCACAUACGAAUCCGCCACAACGCGGAAAUUCCAAGAAGGACGCACGGAGACCACGCGUACCGUGUCUGACGAGAGCGUUGCCUUCUGCAAGGCCUUCCACGACCCCUCCGUUCCACGCGAGGAGGUCGUUAAGCUCUUCCGCGCCGCGAUCGCCCAGCACACCAAGUACAUCCUUGAUGCCAGCGAUGGACGGGGCGUUGACCGCCAUCUGUUUGGUCUGAAGAAAACCCUCCGCGAGGGCGAGCCCGUACCUGCUCUGUACCAGGACCCAGCCUACGCCUACAGUGGCUCCUGGUACCUGUCGACCAGCCAAUUGAGCUCCGAGUACUUUGACGGAUACGGAUGGAGUCAGGUUAUUGAUGAUGGAUUCGGAAUUGCAUAUAUGAUCAAUGAAAACAGCCUCAACUUCAACAUUGUCUGCAAACGCCUCGGCGCGGAGAAGAUGAGCUACUAUAUCAGCCAGGCAGCGCUUGAGCUUCGUGAUGUCUUGCUGCCUGACUUGGCGGCCCAGCCCGAGAAGCCAAAGCUGUAAUCGGUUGUUGGAAGGAAGAAGCAGGCUCUGCAUCUUAUAUACAAUUAAUUAUAUACAAGGUUGUCUCCUCUGGUACCAUCGUCUAUAUUAAACGCUGCUACUCUCACCGUAAAUUAUUAUCUAUUACUACCGAAUGCAAUAAAGCUCCAUGUAGUAUGCCGGAACGGAUUGCAAUUAUGUAUAUAUAACCAGAAUGUCAC